AUGAGCGGACGUGGAAAGGGCGGAAAGGGCCUCGGCAAGGGUGGUGCCAAGCGCCACCGAAAGAUUCUUCGGGACAAUAUUCAGGGUAUUACAAAGCCCGCCAUCAGGCGUCUUGCCCGUCGAGGUGGUGUCAAGCGUAUCUCUGCCAUGAUCUAUGAGGAGACGCGUGGCGUCCUGAAGUCUUUCCUCGAGGGCGUCAUUCGCGACGCAGUCACGUAUACCGAGCACGCGAAACGGAAGACUGUGACGUCUCUCGACGUUGUCUACGCCCUGAAGCGACAGGGACGUACGCUCUACGGUUUCGGCGGCUAA